GAUUUUUUAUUGUAGGUUAUGUAUGAGCGGAUUCGUUUUUUGACUUAUUUCAUACAGUUUUUUGUUAUUUCAAUGAUAUUUUCUUUUAAUUGAUAAUACUUUCAGAAGAUAUCUUCUCUCAUCAUGCCUAUUAGCGAAUAUAUAUCGGCCCUAUCUGAUAACCCAUAUUUUGGUGCUGGUUUCGGACUCUUCGGUGUGGGUGCCGGAGCUGCUCUUCUCAGAAAGGGUUUUCAAACGUCUCUCAUUUUAUUCAGAAGACAUUACAUGAUAACCCUGGAAGUUCCAUGUCGAGAUAAAUCUUACCAGUGGUUGCUACAGUGGAUGACUACUAAAGGUGCAAGGCAGACUCAGCAUUUAAGUGUCGAAACGAGUUUCGAACAGAAAGACAGCGGACAUGUAAAAACCAAAUACGAUUUCAUACCUAGCAUAGGGACUCACUUCUUUCGGUAUGGCAGAUCUUGGAUAAGGGUAGAAAGAACCAGAGAGCAACAUACUUUGGAUCUCCAUAUGGGUACUCCUUGGGAAACGGUUCAGCUUACUGCGUUUGGGAGGAACAAGGCAAUGUUUUUCACAAUCUUGGAGGAAGCUAGACAGAUGGCUCUGGAGAAGCAUGAAGGUAAAACCAUAAUGUAUACUGCAAUGGGUAGCGAAUGGAGACCUCUUGGACAUCCGAGGAGAAAACGGCCAAUUUGUUCUGUUAUUCUUGAUGAUGGUAUAAGCGAAAGAAUUUUGAAGGAUUGUCACGAGUUUAUAUCAAAUCCGACAUGGUAUAUAGACCGCGGAAUUCCUUAUAGAAGAGGAUAUCUCCUCUACGGCCCUCCAGGCUGUGGAAAAUCUUCGUAUAUCACGGCCUUAGCAGGUGAGUUAGGAUUUUCCAUUUGUGUAUUGAACCUAUCAGAGAGAAGUCUCUCCGACGACAGACUAAAUCAUUUGCUCAGCUUGGCACCUCAACAAAGUAUUAUACUAUUGGAAGAUAUUGAUGCAGCAUUCACAUCUAGGGAAGAUACACCUCAACAGAAAGCGGCCUAUGAAGGUUUGAACAGGGUAACGUUCAGCGGGUUGUUGAAUUGUUUGGAUGGUGUUGCUAGUACUGAGGCCAGGAUAGUAUUCAUGACUACAAAUUACAUUGACAGGUUGGAUCCUGCCCUCAUAAGGCCAGGUCGGGUUGAUCUACAAGAGUAUAUAGGAUGGUGUUCCCAAAACCAAAUAGAAAAAAUGUAUCUCAGGUUUUAUGACGGUAAAGAUGCGUUGAUCCAGGCAAAGAUGUUUGCUGAAAAAGUCGUAUCAUUGAAGGCCAAUGUUAGCCCCGCUCAAAUACAGGGUUACUUCAUGCUUCACAAGCAUUCGGAUUCUCGGGAUGUAUUGGAAAAUUGCGAAAUAUUAUGCAAGUCAAAAAAAAAUUCUCAAGUAUUUAGCAAAGACAUCAUUUCAAAUAUUGUACAGGAAUACUCCAUCCGUAACUCCCAACUUCAAUUAAGUGUUUGAGCCGGGGAAAAUGAACUUAAUCGGAUGAAAAAUGUGGAACCAAAAAAGCUUUGAAUUCUGUUAAAACAUAUUUAUUUCAAUUAUUUCAAAUAAAAUAAUGUUGUGUUUA